GGGGCCGUGGCCUGGCGCCGCGCGAGGCCCCGGCGGCGCGGGCGGCUGCAGCAGGUGGGCACCGUGGCGCAGCUGUGGAUCUACCCGGUCAAGUCCUGCAAGGGGGUGCCGGUGAGCGCGGCCGAGUGCACGGCCAUGGGGCUGCGCAGCGGCCACCUGCGCGACAGGUUUUGGCUUGUGAUCAAUGAGAAUGGGAACAUGGUUACUGCUCGACAGGAACCUCGCCUGGUCCUGAUUUCCCUGACCUGUGAGGGUGACACCUUGACCCUCAGUGCACCCUACACGCAGGACCUGCAGCUGCCCCUCAAGACACCCCCCACAAAUCCGGUGCACAAGUGCAGAGUGCACAGCCUGGAGAUUGAGGGCAGGGACUGUGGCGAGGCUGCGGCCCAGUGGAUAACCAGAUUCCUGAAGACACAGCCCUUCCGCCUGGUGCACUUUGAGCCUCACAUGCGACCGAGAAAUUCUCACCAAGUAAAGGACGUGUUCCGGCCCACAGACCAGAUUGCUUAUCCAGAUGCCAGCCCGUUCUUGAUCCUUUCUGAAGCAUCGUUGGCGGAUCUCAACUCCAGGCUAGAGAAGAAAGUUAAAGCCACUAACUUCAGGCCCAAUAUCGUAAUUUCAGGGUGUGGUGUCUUUGCAGAGGAUUCAUGGAAUGAGCUUCUUAUUGGUGACGUGGAACUGAAAAGGGUGAUGGCUUGUUCCAGGUGCAUUUUAACCACCGUGGACCCGGACACCGGCAUCAUGGACAGGAAGGAGCCACUGGAGACCCUGAAGAGUUAUCGCCUCUGUGACCCUACUGAACAAAAGUUAUAUGGAAAAUCACCUCUCUUUGGACAAUAUUUUGUUCUGGAAAACCCAGGGACAGUCCAAGUGGGAGACCCUGUGUACCUGCUGGGCCAGUAAUAGGAAUCCUAUGUCCUGGAGUAUCAGAUGCCUAAAAAAAAAUAUCCUCAAAAAGGCCAACACUUGAAGUGCAGUGUUUUGGAACUCACACUUCAGCAUUUUCUUUAGAUCUGUGAUCUCCAAGUUUUUCGUCCUUUGGACUUCCUUGCAUCUCAAUGUGUCGCAGUGCACAAAACAAAGAAAUAUAGUCUUGAUAACUUAAUAGGACUUCAGUAAGUCACUUAAAUGACAAGACAGGAUUCUGAAGAUCUCUUGUUUAACUAUGAUUGUGGAUAUAAAUAAUUCUUUCUCUUUCUCCAUUCACCUACCCAGAGGGCUAACCUACAUCAUCUCAUUACCACUUCUUAGGGAAAGAGAAGAGAAGAGAAAAAGGAAGAGUGGGCAAGGGAGAAGAAUGUUCUGGAAUGUUUUAUUACCUUGUGCAUGGGGCAUGCAAUGGAAAUUAAGUAGCUCCCCAAACAAGGCUGGAAUGUUACUUCCCUUUUCACCUCAAGCCCUAGACUAGCUUUUGAAAGGGCACAAGGAGCCUGACCCUCAGGAAACACUUCAGAUGUUAAUUUUCCAUCGAUCAGCUCAGAUCUGGCACUAUUGCCUCUCAGACAGCAUCCAUGAGGAUUUGAUGGAUCCUUUAUCGCACGCAGUGCCUCUGGGCUGUAGGGCAGCAGAAACGUCAAGGUAGAAAAUCAACUCCUGAGAGCAACGUUGCUGUCAGACUGUGAGACGGAACAUGUGAAAAGCAAGACAGACAAAAACUUCCUUGCGGUGAAACAAAAUAUCAAAUAUAUCCCAUUUGUGAUCCAAAACUUUCCCCAAUGUAUGAGAGUGGACAGUAGCACUAGAGAGGGGAAGUUUGAUAUGGUCUGAGAUGCUGUUCAAUGGUGCGCAGGGAAAUGAUGGUGCCCUUCUCAAUAGCAGAGCAAAAAGAAAUGAUCUUGAAAGGAGAUGAUGCCAUCUAGUGGUGUUAAAUGUCAGCUCAGCCCAUGCUGUUGAAAAGAUUGAAACCUAUGGUUGGGGUUUAGUUUUCUAUCCUAGAAAUUUUUUUU